GCGCACAAAAUUGUAAAAAAAAGUUUCCAAAAAUGCAGUCAAUGAACCCAUUGUUAUGGAAAUUCUGUCGUUCAUGUAUCCACAUGAGUCGCCGUGGCAUGUGUGAGGAACGCAAGAGAGUACAGUUUAAAGAUUUAUAUAGCAGAGAAGAAGGUAUUCCAAGGGACUUCCUCAGUUGGCUCUAUAUGCCUCUAGAUUUUAGUAUGAAAAAUCUAAGACGAAUAGUAGCUGAACAUGACUGGAAAAAGCUGAAAGCGUCUCAUAGGUUCACAAGAUUGAGACAUGAUAUCCUGGGUCCAGAACUGGCCACUGCUCAUUUUGUCAUUGGCAAGGAUGGGGCGGUGAAACUAUCAAAUUCUGACAAAUGGCAUAGGAAAACUGAAGAGGGUGUGAUAUAUUUACCCAACAGGAAAGUUGAGGGACUUUAUGUUGAAGGCAUAGAUGCAUCAGAUACGACAAUGAUGUAUGAAAGUUUUGACAAUUUAGUAUUUCUGAAGAAUCUAAAGUUCCUCAACUUGAGUGGGUGCAAGUACAUUGAUGACUUCUGCCUUUCUCGCUUACAUGUCUUCAAACAGCUCAAGGUGCUGGAUGUCAGUAAUUGUCCAGAGGUAUCAGAGAGAGGGCUCGCUACACUACACAAUGUCCCAACAUUACAAAGACUUUUCAUAAACAAUUUACCUAAAUUAGGCCACAAAGCAGGCCUGGUGCAGAUACACCUUGAGGAUAUGCUACCUAAGUGCCAAAUUGUCAGUAAUAUAGACUACACAGACAUUAAUGUAAUAGACAAUGCUGCUGAGCUAGAGGAGCUUGAGGAACUGGAGGGAAAUCUCUAUGAAAGAUUCAAUACAAACCAUGUGCUUGGAAAUGUACAGAAAAAGAAACCUGAACAAAUUGAGGAAGAGGUACAAAAGGAGCCCAAAUUGUUAACAUCCAAUAAUACAUGAGCUAUGGACAGUUUACUAAUAGUUGUUGUUAACAUUAGGAUAAUUUUACUUGCAG